UCUUGUGCUCAUAUAAAGCUGUAUAUGUGGCAGUAAAUUUUUCAGAGUGGCUUAAAAGACAGGACUUGGACUGCAUCCUCUGUCGGAUAAUUCCAUGUUGUCGUGUUUCGCCUCCAUCUUCCUGCCUCCAAGUAUUUGUUCUUUCCCUUUUUCACAAGGCGCCUUUCACUUAUUAAAUAAUUAUCAGAAAAAAAAGUGUGAAAACAACGCUAAACUGUUCUAAAUGUACUUUUAUCCUAUUAACUACAAAGGCUAUUUACAUCCACCGUCCAUCAGAACAUGCAUUACAUACUCUGAUCAAAUCAUUUCUGUGACUAUAUGACUGCAGAGAUGCUCUCAGCAUGUCAUGUGUUGUAUUGUUUAGGAGCCUGUUGUGUGCUCUUUUUUUUUUCUUUCUUUCUUUUUUUUUUUUUUGCCGCAAUGGCAGUUAACCUCUGAAUGACCCCGCGCGGAGCUCACGCCUCUGAGUGCGCCGCAGACGCGCAGUGCAACAGUUGCGCCAGAGGAUGGCGCACGGCGACAGUGGAAAAGUGCACAGCCCUUCCUCCGACUUCUGCCGACGCGAGAGCGCUGGGAGGCGCGCGCCCCUCACAUCCCACCCAGUAUUUCCUACGUGCGCGAGUUUACCUCUGGAGGUCACCAAGCAGGAUUUACGACUGGUCAACAAAAGCACGUGAUUCUCCGCCGUACCCCAUAUUUGGGUGCCUACGUAAGAGAGAAUCAAGUCCAUGUCCCACUCAUUUCCAUAAUUCAUCAUAAAUUGUGCAAGGGGUGCUAUAGGACGCGCUAAAGCAUAAGAGACACAAAUCAAGAGCACAGGUUUAUGCUAUUUACUUCAUAAAAUAAUAAUAAACAACAACAACAAAACCUGCAACGAGAAAACGGAGUAACUGUCAACAAAUGAGCUCCUAUUUUGUGAACUCAUUCUGCGGUCGCUAUCCCAAUGGCGCGGACUUCCAGUUACAUAAUUAUGGAGACCAUAGUACGGCAAACGAGCAAUACAGAGACUCAACAGCGAUGCAUUCCAGCAGGUACGGCUAUGGCUACAACGGGAUGGACUUAACAGUUGGACGGACCAAUACUGGACACUUUGUGGGGAACGAGCGGACCACGGGCUACUCCCCGAGCCACUCAGCGCCGACGACACCCUCCGUGGAGCCUGUCAGAUACAGCCAGCCCGCGAGCAGCACCGGGACCUCGUCUCUGUCACCCCCACCUGACCCUCUUCCCUGCUCCUCGGUGGCCAGCAGCUCGUCCCCGGUCACCGAGACUCAACCCCAGCACAGAGCCGCGAAGAACUCCAUAGGCAGCCCGUGCUCCAGCGCCAACGGAGGCGCGCUGCUGCUCAGCCGGGACUGCGCGUCCAAAGCUUCCCCCCUGGAGGAGGAGAAGCCGGCGGGAAGCGCACCCACCACUCCGCAGAAUGCCAGCGACUCAACGCAGCCUCAGAUAUACCCGUGGAUGAGAAAACUGCACAUUAGCCACGAUUUAUCCGGACCAGAAGGUAAAAGAGCCAGAACUGCGUACACUCGGUAUCAGACCCUGGAGCUGGAAAAGGAGUUCCACUUCAACCGGUACCUGACACGCAGGCGGAGGAUCGAGAUAGCCCACGCCCUCUGCCUCUCAGAGAGACAGAUCAAAAUCUGGUUUCAGAACCGCAGGAUGAAGUGGAAGAAGGACAACAAACUGAAAAGCAUGAGCAUGGCGGCUGCAGGCGGGGGAGCCUACAGGCCUUGAUAUUUACACUUUUACAACCGGUAAAAAAGCACGAUUUAAGAUUAAAAAAAAAUAAAAAAUGAAUAAAUCAAAGGUUGUCAUAACGACUUGUUGUCCUUUUGAAGAUAAAAAAGAGCGCAGAGACUUGUUGACGGGGUGUGAGCGGGACAGGAGGGCACAGCACCUUCUGUGUGCCCAACAACAGCCCCACUAUAUUCCUAAAUACCCUCUCCUUUAUAUUCUCAACGUGUUAAUGCUUAUAUGAGCAAAAAUGCAUCAUGUACAGUUCUGUUUAGAUUUAGUGCAAAAAAUAAACAAAUAAAAAUAAAUGUUUGUUUAAAUUAUUUCCUGUUCAGAUGAAAAAAAAAUGAAACGAAAACAAAAAAAGCUUGAAGAACUACCGCGAACAAGCCCAGUAAACUGUGUAUGCACUCAAUAACAGCUUAAUAGAGGGAUUGUGUUUAGCCUGUUUUUAUCUGUAUGUAUUGUAUAUGUAUAUGUAUUUAUUUGUUUGAUGUAUUGUACCAACUUGUCAGAAAACUUGCUUCCAAAAGUAGAACCAGCAGAUAAGCCUUGUGUGGUCAUUGUGUGCGUUGUGAACACAUGUAUGGACAGAGGUGCCGCCUCACCCUUGUGCGUACAAUAGCCGUGCCUUGUUUUCUUUGUUUUUCGCAGGAGUGUAAUGUUUGAGUUGCUCACCUGGGCGCAGCAUCUUAGUAAAAAUAAAACGUGUUUCGUCUCUG